AUGCUGGUGCUGGUAUACUGCUUGUCGACGUUUAACUUUCCUCGGGAUAAGCUCGAUAUCAACCACGAAGUCUUCCCGCCUGGAUGGUUCGAACAGCAAGCGAGCGUUGUAGCUGACCCCGCACAGACUGCAGUCAUUUACAAGAGCUUAAAGUCGCUGCGUAUCUCGUCUACGCUCGACUUCUUUGCUCGGAUGGGUGUCCACGCCACGCUAUUCCUACGUCUUCGGCAUCUGGUGAACCUCAUCCAGAGCCCGUGGAAGCAACGCGCGCGCGUGUAUCCAAGAAGACAUCGAUCUGCUGCUGUUUUGUUCGUGGUGUAUGCUCUUCUACUGGUCAUAUUUGUAGAAGAGAGCGUCCGUACGUCGAAUAUCGCGUGUGACCCACAUCCCGAAUGUGCUGUGCACGCUCGGCGGUGGACAAUUCUGGAGAGCGAAUCCUUGACGCAGUGUCCUUGCUUGAUGAUGAUCGACCGUGACAUCGCACCAAAAUCGUACGCCGAGUGGGAACAGCCCGAAAAUGUGACGGAUAAACUGGCUCAGCUCGCAACAAGAGGCGACCUUCAGACGGUGCAGAUAACGAACCGUUAUCUCCCAGUUCUGCCCAAUGAACUUCGACACUGCACUGAGUUGAGGCAUCUGUACGUGACUCUGGAGUACACGCACACACAGACAUUACCCAACUGGUUCAAGGAGUUCGCGGAACUGGAAUUUUUACACCUUGAGAGUAAAUUCACGAGCCCUUUUGUGGUUGUACCGGACGAUAUUUUCCACGACAUGUCGUCGUUGACAUUCAUUCACUUCGCGGGUUUUGUCCCGAUGAGGCGGCUCCCGUCUUUUCAAGGACUCACAAAUCUCAAGUCACUCACACUGGCAGUGUUCCUGCUGUUAGACCAGCUUCCAGCUUUCAACCAUCUUUACCGCCUUGAACGGUUACUUGUCACGUGUGUACCUGGUCUCGAUAGUCUUCCGGAUUUCGCUCCGAUCCAGGAGAACCUCAAGUCUCUGAUUCUAACCGAUCGAGGCACCUGGUGCUGUAAUGGCUUCUUGGGUGAGUGCGAUCUCCAGCACCCAAUGUGUCAAAUCCACCCUCUUUGGGGCACACCAGCGGCCUCGUGUUUAACGUCAAACCGUGACAAGGCUACUCCUGGCACUCUGGCACUUAUUCAAAAGUAUCCAGACAAUGUCUGCAAUGGUUUACUGUAUCCUGGUUCUCUAGAAGGUCCACCAACAUCAGCCACCAUGGAUCCGUGUAAUGGCACUCUAUACCGACAAUGCGUCGAUGCCAGCGGGGUCGAAUCGAUGUGCUACAAUGCGAGAUUCAUGGGUAUCGCGUGUUGGGGGUCCGUGCAACCCUGA